AUGACGGGCCCAGACAGGGCUUCGCUCAAUCGCCGCUCCUCCACGCAACAUUACCAGACCUUCGAUACCCCGCCGCCCAAGUCGCGUGGUCGACCCAACUCGGGACAGUCCGAGUCCUCCGCAGACGGCUCGCACGAUCCCCAUCAUGAACCCGCCGAUUCCCCUGGGACGUCAUCCCCUCUCCCCAAGAGGCAGAUGGCAGUCCUGGCCAUGAUCGCGCUAGCAGAACAAACGGCUCUGAAUUCCAUCAGUCCAUAUCUCCCCGACAUGGCCUCCACAUUUCCCGAAGUGGAACCUACGCAGGUGGGUGUGUACGUGGGGACAAUUGCCUCGGCAUUUGCCUUGGCGCAGUUUGCCACGAAUUACUUCUGGGGCUGGUUAUCGGACCGCAUCGGCCGCAAGCCGGUGAUCCUGCUUGGCACGUUGCUGACCGCAUUGUGUUUUGUCGCGUUCGGGUUCUGCAGGACCCUUGGGCAAGCCAUUGUUGUCCAAGCUUUGAUGGGUGUGGUCAAUGGCAACCAGGGCCUGGUUUCUACCUGUCUCGGAGAGAUCACCGAUCGAAGCAACCAAUCUCAGGCUUUCACUUACCUCCCGGUCUUAUAUGGCAUUGGAGGUAUCACAGGUCCUCUAUUGGGAGGACUUUUGAUUCUUGAGAAGAACCCUUUCACGGGCAACAAGAAUCCAUACCCAUAUCUCGCACCGAAUCUUCUGUCAGCCUUUGUCCUCCUGGUUGACUUUACCUUAACAGCCAUGUUCCUGGAAGAAAGUCUGGAAGACGCCGAAAGCCUACCCAAGAUCGGUAGGAAGGUGCGCAGCCUUUUCGCAUGGCUGUGGCAGUUCACUGGCGAUUCCCGCCAUCCCACUUAUGUGGCUGCACCGCAAUCAGCGCAUGGCAGGCACGCCCUGGAGCCCGAGGAUCACGACAGCGACUUGGAUUCCGCCUCCGAAGUCUCAAGUCUCCUCGGCCAUCACGAGGAGCUCAGAUGGGAUGAAAUAUUCACUCGAGACACAGUCUUGCUCCUCCUGACCUACUUGAUCUUUGCUUUCUGCAACGUCUCCUUCAAUUCGCUGUUCCCCAUAUUUGCUCAAGCCAAGCCUCCUGCUGGACGCUCGCUCACGCCAUCUGAGAUUGGUCUUUCUCAAGGAUUUGCUGGUAUUGUGACGAUCAUUUUCCAGAUCUGUAUCUUCAAUCGCCUGCGCGAUAAGAUGGGCAAUCGCUGGUCAUACCGUGCUGGCCUCUUCGGCUUUGUGGUCUCAUUCAUUUUGAUGCCCUUCAUUGGCUACAAGAGCAGGACGACUGACAACUUGACCGGAAAGUCGGCACUCAUGGCCAUCGAAUUGUGCCUAGUAUUGCUGAUCAAGACUAUUGCCGCCGUGGGUGGUCUGACCAGUGCCUUGCUCUUGGUCACCAAUUCCGCCCCAAACCAUGCUGUCCUAGGCGCUCUCAAUGGCCUGGCACAGACCCUUUCUGCGGCCGGGCGUGCCGUGGGUCCCUUCCUCUCUGGAGGUCUGUUCUCCCUCACGGCCAAGAUUCAGCCCAAGGGAGAAGCCUUAGCCUUUGGCGUCUUUGGCAUUGUCUCUUUCAUUGGGUUCGUCAUGAGCUUCGGUAUUCGCGGCCGGUCCCUCGAGGCAGAAGGCUGGGGCGAGGAUAGUGAUGGAGACAAGUCGGACGACGACGAGCCGAACGGUGCUUGA